AUGACCAGAGGACGGAAAAAGGACCUUACCAUCCCACCUUCCCGCAGUCUUCUGCAGCAGCGCGACUAUCGCGCACGUAAAGCGAACUAUGUAGCAAGCCUGGAGGACCGCUGCCGACGGGCCGAGGAGGAAAAUGAUCAAUUGAGAAAAGAGCUCUUUGAGGCCAGGGCGCGGCUCGCAAAUCCAGCUAUCCUUCUCCCAGAAACGGAGCAAGCGUCGGCAGAGCUGAUGCGGAAUCUUGCAUUAGCAAGCGAAUCGUUAGCAACCUUUCAUCGACUUGCAUUCGCCAAUGGCUAUCAACAGCCUACCCCACCCCCCCAUCCACAGCAUUCUCCCGAAUCCGAUACUCUUGUUCCUGAUUACACACCACCUAACACCCUCCAGCUUCCGCCCCACCCCAACAAUUCAGAGCUUUCCAAAGGGAGGAAGCUUCUUUACGUCGACGAGUCACUAUCUCCAUCUACUUCCCGUGCGACGCCGUUGACUUACCGAAGUCCCAGCCCUGGUACGAAUGAGGAGUGUUGUGGAGGGAUCCUCAAUUGUGACGAGCUAUGCGAGGAGGAGGAGAUGAUGAAUAGAGGAUCAAUAGCGAGACUAUCUGGUUUGCGAUCAACGACAACAGACUAUAGGCUACAACUGUGA